UCCAUGGCAACGGCUUCUAGUGUCGGAUCAUCCCAAGAUGGCGGACGAGGAGAUAAACACGGCGCUCCCGCUUGCCACUGAAGCCAAGAAACGUCGAGCACCUAAAGCUCCAGAGCUUCCCAUUGUGGAGAGGAGGAACUGGCUGAUCCACCAGCACUACAUCCGUAAGGACUAUGAUACCUGCAAGGCGAUCAUCAAAGAGCAGCUGCAGGAGACUAAUGGGAUGUGUGAAUAUGCCAUAUAUGUGCAAGCACUAAUCAUGCGUCUGGAGGGCAAGAUCCAACCGUCCCUGGAGCUGUUUCAGAGCUGUGCCAUCCUGAAUCCCGGCAGCGCUGACAAUCUCAAGCAGGUGGCCAGAUCGCUAUUUCUCCUGGGAAAGCACAAAGCAGCUAUUGAGUUCUACCAUGAAGCUGCGAGGCUCAAUGAGAAAGACUGGGAGAUCAGUCAUAAUCUGGGGUUGUGCUAUUUCUUCAUCAAAGACUUCCAGCGUGCUGAAGAGCAUCUAAACAUCGCUCUCCGGAUUAAUAAACACGACAAGACGUUUAUGAUGCUCGGGAAGGUUCAUCUGCUGGCUGGAGAAACCGACAAGGCCAUCGAAGUGUAUCGGACGGCCGUGGAAUUCUCUCCAGAGAAUACUGAACUCUUGUCUACUCUCGGGCUGCUGUUUUUACAGCUUGGGAAAUACCAAAAAGCAUUUGAGCACCUUGGAAAUGCCCUCACGUUCGACCCCAACAAUUAUAAGGCCAUCCUGGCUGCGGGCAGCAUGAUGCAGACCCACGGCGACUUUGAUGUGGCCAUGAACAAGUACCGAGUGGCGGCCUGCGCCGUGCCGGAGAGCCCCCCCCUCUGGAACAACAUCGGCAUGUGCUUCUUCGGGAAAAAGAAAUAUGUGGCCGCCAUCAGCUGCCUGAAGCGAGCCCACUACAUGUCUCCCUUUGACUGGAAGGUGUUGUACAACCUGGGCCUGGUUCACCUGACCAUGCAGCAGUACGCCUCCGCCUUCCACUUCCUCAGCGCCGCCAUCAACCUGAACCCCCGGAUGGGGGAACUCUACAUGUUACUGGCAGUGGCUCUGACCAACUUGGAGGAUGUAGAGAAUGCCACCAGAGCGUACGAGCAAGCUGCGACGAUCGACGAGUCCAACCCUCUGGUCAACCUGAACUUUGCCAUCUUCCUCUACAAUCACGGCGAUAAGAAGGCCACUCUGGAUCAGUAUCAGGAGAUGGAGAGGAAAGUCAACCGACUUCGAGACAACAACGGCAACUUUGAAUUUGAUACCGAGCUCAUGGACAUGGCUCAGAAGAUGGGAGCUGCUCUGCAGGUGUCAGAGGGUCUGGUGUGGACUAAACCAGGCAAGGACUCCAAAUCCAACGGAAACUCCGCAGCAGCCGCCAAAGCCCCCGGUGCUCCCCUCGGUACCAACCAAGCUCUGGGCCAAGCCAUGUCUUCUGCCGCGAGCUACAACAAGAACGUCCUGCUGCCAACGGAAGCUUCCAAAGGCCCCUCCAUGCCCCUGGAGCCAGAACCGGAUGAGGAGAAGGCCCCCAGCCCGCCCAUGGAUCCUCCAGGCUCCCCAGAACCUGCAGAGUCAGAAAACCCCAAACCCAGAAGCUCCAAGAGGAAAUCUAAGGUGGAGGCAUGAGUUGACUUGGUAGCCGCUAUCUGACUGGACACCUUUGUCAUAUGCUCAAUAUUAUGUUAUGGAUGCAAAUUACGGUAGUUUGGCACAAAACUAUUCUGGUUUAGGUACAGACGAUUCAUGUCCUGCACAAUAAUGUACUUAACACCAAUAAGGUCAAUGUGGACUUUGGUUAUACAGGAAUAUCGAAUGUCCGAACACCAACUCACCCUUUUUUUUAACCAAAAUUCCUAGAUGAGUUUCUCAUAAAUCCACGUCGCACACGUCAAAACCAAUUCCAUAACGCUAACAUGGCCGUUUGUGCAGUUACAAGUCAUAUUUGGAUGAGCUUAGCAAUAAGGUCAAGUGAUGAAUCUUCCUUAAAUUGAGAUUUUCCAGAGAGGAUGUCAGUCCUGAAAUGUAUGAAAUGCUGCGACAAUCACUGCUAAAAAUCAUAAAGACGUGAAGGAGAUGUUUAUGAAUAGUUACAGGAUAUAUAUUGCUGGUUUGUACGAUAGGGCUCUUUUUUAGGGUUGAGUGUAAAUAGUGAUACAUGCUUUUAUAUGUGGAUAAAUGUUAUGUUUAUAGAGUCGUAUAUUUAAUAUUAAAUAAGAGACUUUAAAAAGAAAAUAGCUGCGUCGCUUAUUUUGAAUAAAAUCCAGUUUUAAUGAUGUUUUCACUGUGUUUUUACUAAUGUCACGGUCAUUCAGGUAUAAAGACACAGAGUUUUUAAAGAGCUCUCAAAGUCAUUUAAAACAAGGAGAAUAACUUCCAAAUGAACACGUACUCAUGUAUUCCCAUAUAUGUGUAAAGUACUUAAGUCAAUCAUAAACAUCCUCUAAUGGUUGUUGGGGGAAUAAACCAGUCUGGUUUAGAGAUGGCGCCUCGUAAAUUAUCUGUACUGAAGGUCGCACACAAACUGAAAAUGAUUUAUGUGUAUGAAUUACGAUGUGCAUUGUACAUAUUAACCAAAACUAUUCAUGAAAAAUGUCCCCUGACAAAAGUCUACAUACACAGGGAUAUGAUUAUUUCUGUGCGUUUAAUGUUUGGGUGCAUUUGAAUACCAAUAUAUGGUUUAGAUCGUUUUAGAGACUUCAGGGACACAGAGAGACGAAGGGAAGCGUCCUUAUGCACAUUUCAAAGAUCAAAUAUUUAUACCCGCGCGCCGCUUCGAAUUUGUCAGAAUUACAAUUAGAGCGUCUAAAACUUCGCCUGUUGACGUUUCAAAUCCCGAGAUAAUAGAAAUGACUGAUGUCUGACCGAGUUAUUCAGAUUACGUUUGUUACUUUAAUUAGAUGACGGGUGUUGAAAGACAAACUUGACUGCGGUUUGGUGACGAUGAGGCUCACGAAGCUUCUCUUCACAGCUCCUCUGUGGCUUAAUAUACAUCGAGGCCCUUAAAUACGACGUUUGCUUAAAUAAAUGCAGUCCUGUUUGUUUAUCCGUCCUCUCGGAGGGGGGCUGCUCCCCACCAGAGCACAGAGCUCUGGUGGGGAGCAGCCCAACCCCUUUAGUUUUCCUUCCCAGUGGUGAGAGUAAAUAUGUAUUUGUUAUCUGGCUCAGGACCAAGUGUCGGGUCAACAAGCUGCUUGUCAGUCGUUGUGAGUGUUUGUGCUGGGAAGCAAAGCGCUGAUUUUAAACAAGCUGUAUCUUUUUAUUUGAUUUUUAUAUAUUUGAGUCAAGUGAGUAAAACCGGGAAACUCUGGGCCACACGUCACGAGGAGUUGUUUAAGUAUUUUUUCACACAGUAAAAUAAACCACUGCUAUAGCCUUCAACAUAUUUGUCCCUUAUUAUUAUGGAUUUAUUCAUGAAAGUGACAUAUUUUCCGCUCAAGAAUCCAUCCUGCA